CAUCUUGUUUAUUACUUAUAAUUUACUGAAUUUAAUAAGUGUAAGAACAACAACAACUUAAGUCUCUCCAAACUAAACGAACUAGUGGCAAAAUUUUGCAAGAUGGCCGAAACGGAGCUUGACGUUGAUAAUUUAAUUUCUCGCUUAUUAGAAGUACGAGGAUGUCGACCAGGGAAGAGCGUACAGAUGACAGAAGCAGAAGUUCGGGGACUUUGCCUCAAGUCACGGGAAAUUUUUUUACAGCAGCCCAUCCUCCUUGAACUAGAAGCUCCUCUAAAAAUCUGUGGUGAUAUUCACGGCCAGUACACAGACCUUCUGCGGCUGUUUGAGUAUGGCAGCUUUCCCCCAGAAUCCAACUACCUAUUCCUUGGUGAUUAUGUAGAUCGUGGCAAGCAGUCAUUAGAAACCAUAUGCCUAUUACUGGCAUACAAGAUUAAGUAUCCGGAAAAUUUCUUCCUCUUACGGGGCAACCAUGAGUGUGCAUCAAUCAACAGAAUCUACGGUUUCUUUGAUGAAUGUCGGCGGAGGUAUGGCACCAAGCUUUGGAAGACAUUCACAGACUGCUUCAAUUGUCUUCCCAUUGCUGCUAUUAUUGAUGAAAAGAUAUUCUGCUGCCAUGGAGGUUUGAGCCCUGAUCUACAGAGCAUGGAACAGAUCCGCCGCAUCAUGAGGCCCACUGAUGUACCUGACACAGGCCUACUGUGUGACUUACUUUGGUCAGAUCCCGAUAAGGACGUACAAGGCUGGGGCGAGAACGAUCGUGGCGUCUCCUUCACAUUUGGAGCCGAUGUUGUCAGUAAAUUCUUGAACCGCCACGACUUGGAUCUAAUAUGCAGAGCGCAUCAAGUUGUUGAAGAUGGAUACGAAUUCUUUGCUAAGAGGCAGUUAGUUACUUUGUUCUCUGCCCCCAAUUACUGUGGAGAGUUUGAUAAUGCUGGAGGGAUGAUGUCUGUGGAUGAAACGUUGCUCUGCUCCUUUCAGAUUUUAAAACCAUCAGAGAAAAAAGCCAAAUACCAGUACAGUGGACUCGCCCAGAACCGUCCCAACCCACCUAACCGGCAACAGCGACCACAGCAGAAAAAAUAAAGCUCACAGUAUGAAAAUUGAAAAAGCAGGUGAGCCCGGGUGGUUUUUGUAAUACCAGCAUUGAAAGUUGUUGCCACUUACAAUUGGUCAAGUUGCUAAUUCUGCUCUUUAAUUGAAGGUCGUCUUCAAGGAGAGAGCCGUUCCUUCACAGUCGAGAGAUAACUCAAAAUACUAGACUAUCGAAGCAGAAUAUUUUCCUCCAUAGUAUUAUAAGUUGCAAAUAAUCAGCAUUGUAAAAUUUGCAAUGCUGGUAAUUUGCACAAGUGUAUAAAAUGAUUUAACGUUGCAUUUAUGUAAUGUAAUUUUAGGUAAUGAAUGUCUUUUGUGUUGCAACUGUCUUGAUUUAAUAUUUGUUUGUUUUUCAUCCAAUUUCACUUUCUAAUUCAAGUCUCUCCUUAUUGGAAAUUACCCUUUUUCAUAAAUUCUGAAAUAAUAACGAUUCCUUAACGUACCAUUAAGCAACCUUCAUGUCCUGUCUAUAUGUACAUUAUUUUUUCCAAAGUAUGAAAUUAUAUUUUUAAGGCUAGUCCAGAGAAGUCAUUUUGUGGAUGGCUCAUUACAUAUGUGCAAAGUUAGGCAUUCAUAUUGUGAACUAGGAUGGGGCUCAUAGCCAUUCAGGGCAGGUAUGGCUCUUAAACCCAUAUUUAGGAGUGGUACAUCAGUCAAGAAACAGACCGUACAUGAUGCUUCUAUCAAUUCCACUGUUACUAUAAUCUAGUUUUACAAUGUAAUAUUAUGGGAUAUGCUAUACAGGGGUAUUUUAAGUAGCAUCAUUAUGUUAUUAGGGUUCUGUUUUUGGUAUAUGUCCUGAGCAUGGGUUUGUAGAUCCCCCAAAAAACACUUCUUGGGUUUAAAUUAUGAAAUCUGAUGUUAACAAUACAGGUGAUUCAUUAUAUAGUUUAAUUCUUUAUUUACGGACAUUCAUUAAAUGACUAUGUUUGGGUAGUUCUUGUCACUGUGUUUUAUGAAUUAUUUCAGUCAUAUAAAACAAUAAUGUGGUUGAGAUAGGGAAUUGGUCAUCAUAUUUUCAAUGUGGCAGCUAAUAUUCGGCCACAGUACCUGUGUUUGCAAAUCAUGCUUGUAUUUAAGGAGCUACAAAUUUGUCCUCUUGUAUUUAAGGGGACCUCCUGCAGCAUACAAUAUGGGCCCUGAAGAAAAUAGUCUUGUCUUCCCCUGUACCAUUUUCCUGAUAUGUAUGUAGAUAUAGAUUCAGCAGAUUGAGUUGUAGCCUUGUUCCAGCAGAGGUCAAAGGCCAUACCAUUAUAUACAAAUUGGUGAAUAACUGUAAAUUGCAGACUAAGAGUAAGCUGGAAAUUCUUGCACCACCAUUGCACAGGUGAUUAUUUCUGAUGACAGUGGUUGUAUAAGAUAAUAGAGGAAGGUGCUGAGAUUUUAUCCAAACUGGAAAACUUCUCUGUUUUGUUUUCCAGGACUGAGUUUUGUCAGCACCAGCCAAAGAAAUGUAUUUAAUUUACUGUGGUAUACUUGUUUGUGGUAUAAUGGUGUGCGUGUUUUUAACCCUGUGCUAAACUUUCUCAGAUGCAACCAAUCUGAAGGGAGUAUUCCUUGUCUGACAAACUUAAUAUGGUACUUAGUACAGACUUGGAUUCACAUUAUUCCCAAUGCCAAUGAUGUUACUACAUUUUCAGAAAACUAUUAUUUACUUGCAUGUGGUGCAAGGAAAAUGUUCCUCUACAUGUGACAAUACAUUUAUCUUCUGUGUAGACAACUGUAGUGGGUGAAGGCAGGAACAAAUAUUUUAUUGUGAAAAAUCAAAAAGUAUUUAUUGCACAAAAACAUGUAAUCAGAAAACAAUUCCACCCCAGAAAAGUUAUUAUUACACUAUUGAAAUGUGCCUCAUGUAGUUAUCAGAUUGAAUAUGUCUUUCAGUAAAAUAACAAGUAGUUCAAGUCUAUUAAUAUACGUAUAUAGAUAUAUAUUCUAGUUCAUGCUAAUCAGUACUGGAAUUCAGUGUUAAAAGAGGAGUACUUUUUUUUUUUUAAUCAGUGUUUCAGUUUCUGUGGUCUUUUGUUCACAGUAAUAAUGGGAGUGUCCUCUCAAUUGGCAUUUUGUUUCAAGAUACCAUAAAAAGUAUUUUGGGGACCUAUUCCUCAUCAAGACAAAUUUACAGUUGUCCAGUAUUAAGAACAGUUAUAUGAGAGUUGAGGGUGAUCAUCUAUCCAUCCCCUUUAGCAAGUUCAACUCUUACAGACCUUAAGGAAUAUAGCAUAUUUUAAAAGAAAUGAAGAGUUGUCUUCGUCUAUAACUCCACUUGACAGCUUCAUAUGUAUAUAUAUAUAUAUUUUUUUUUUUUCCUGUCAUCUGGCAUAUGGGCUACAAGAAGGGACAGUAAUUUGGUUCCCAGUUAUGAAAUCCUCGAUGAUAUAGCUGUCUGAAUUUUGAUCCUAUAGCUAUCUGAUCCUUGAUGCUAUAGCUGUCUUAUAUUUGAUACUAUGGCUGUUUGAUCCUUGAUACUAUAGCUGUCUGAUCCUUGAUACUAUAGCUGUCUGAUCCUUGAUACUAUAGCUGUCUAUGCACAAUGCAACACCAGAUAGCAUUCUUAUUCUGGGUGUUUGUUAAAUUUCAAUCAAGUUUUGUACCUUCGAAAUUUACUCAGGAGUGCACAUCAUCACACCUCAUGGUAUUAAGAUCAGUUUUCAUGGAAGCAACUGUGAAGUCUCAUCAGUAUGUACAUGGGACCAGUGUUAGGGAACCAUUCCUUACAUCAUGCUACAAGUACACUGUUGCUUUUUGGUAGCUUCCUCUCAAGAUUAAAAAAAUAUGAAUGGUACCAGUUUAUAUACAAUAUCAGUAUGCCAAUUGGUUCUUGAAAAUGCGUGAAAGGGUAUAAAAAGAUACUAUACUCUUAAUUUGUAGUAACAAUAUAAAAAGUAGGACAUAAUGUUCUGGAAACCCAAUUAAAGGACUGAAUCUGUGUCCCAAGAAGUUGACGGUCAAAAUUUGAUAGAAUCCCAGCCACAUAUAAUGUUUCCUAUUUACUGUAAGACAAGUUCAAACCUUACUAGAUUACUCUUAUAAAUGUAGAAAAUGGCCAGGCUGUACAGCUUGUUUAAAUUCUUAAAUACAGAGAAAUAGCUUAUAAUUGACAGGUGCAUCUUCAGACUAUCUCUCAGGUACUGCUGUCAGUAUGGUGUUCAGAACCAACCAGGCCUCAGAUUACAUUACAAGUUGAUUACAUGUCCAUGAUUCAUCAACAGGCAUUUAAUCCAAGUUAUACAAUAUUUCCCCCAAGGUCUUUUGUACAUUAUUAUAAUUCCAAGUCAUUGAGAUAUACCACAUUAAAAGCUUAGCAGUCAAACAAUGAUGCUUUGUUCUAUGCAUUAGGUAUAAGAUGAAAUCCUUGUAGUUAAAUUUGAUAUCACUAUAUGUUGCCUUAAUGUGUUAGUGUAUAUAGUGUGUGUAUAUUACCCCAUGUACAGAAAACUAAUUUUUCUAGGAGUGCGACUGGACAGGGUGGUGGAUGAGCUUGUAAAUGUCACUUGUUUAAAUAGUCAUUAUACUAUGAUACAAACUCUUAUUUAACAUUUGUUUUCUUCUUAUAAGUUUUUCAAUAUAUUAUUUUUAUUUUAUUUUGCAAAGAGAAAUACUUUGGUUCAUUUUUUUACAAGCUCAACCUUGAUUUGGAGAAUGUCCAUCAAUAAGCUUGGGCAAAAAGUAGAGUUUGAUAAAAUAUAUGAAUAGUCAGGUUAUUAGAAAUCUUUAUAGGUCAUAUUUUUCAUUAUGUAUGAGAAAAGUCAAGAAAUAGAUUUUCACAAAGAAUGUGUAUAAUAUCCUUGUAAGAUGCAAGUUUUUUCUUCACUGUGAAUAAACAGAUAUGAGUAAUAUUAAAAAACAAGAUAAAUAUUUUGAAUUGCAUAUACAUAUAAUUAUGGCCACAUUCAAGCUACAGUACACCGGAUAGUUUUUAUUUAAGGGAAAAUAAUAUAUAAAAUAUCUUGCAACAAUUAAAUUCUAAACAAAACUGUGAGGAGCUGAGAAAGUUUUAUACUGUCUAUAUACUGUACUGUAUAUCCUGUAUAUUAUAGUUUUUCUCCAACUCCUCAGUCUUGUUCAUGAUUUUACAGCUUCAAAAUAUUUUAUACGGUACUAUCACACUGAGCAAGAAUGUUAAGGUACAGCUUCUAGGUGAUUGAAGACUGAAAAAAAUUAGUGCCUCUAGUUUUAUUAUUAUUAUUGAUGAAAGAUGAUGUUUGUUGAUGGUUUAUAUAUGAAGAUGUACACUUAUAGACAAAAAGAACUUGGCAGGGAGGGAAGUGGCCUACGGGAGGGUAGAGGUUUAGGUGGAGACUUGGCAUCGUAACAUUGGAAUGGCAGUGAAAAGUCUCCUCAAACAAAAAAAAUACAGCAUUUUUGUGGGGUUUUAGUGUAUUAAGUUAUUUACACUUCCAAGUCUCCAUCUACCCCUAUCCUCUCAUACACCACCUUCAUCCUUCCCUGGCAAAUUAUUUUUUGUCCAUAACUAUAUCUCACAUGUUAAUCUGUAAAUAUCAUGAGUGGAUACUUGAGGAAUUUGUCAUAGUUCAAGUUUGUGUACAAUGGGAACAAAGUAUAUCUAAAGUGUACAAGGUAAAAGAGUGUAGAGAAUGUGUCCUGCCUCGCAAAGCAAGAAGAGUUCAACCAAGAUUUUAUAAAAGUGAUUUAGUGAUUUUAAUGAGAAAGAGAGAAUGAGAAUAUUUCCAGUGUCAUUGAUGGGUCUAAAGGAUAUACAGUACUGUAGAAUGUUAGUAAAGGAUGAAAAAUA